AUGGCACUUCAAACUUAUGAUGUCGCCGUUGCUGCUUUCAGUAUCGUUUUGGAUGUAUUCUUCCGAGAAAUAAAACCUCGCGGAUCUCACAAGGUCCCAAGAGAUGGACCCGUAAUAUUUGUUGCAGCUCCCCACGCAAAUCAG